AAGGAAGGCCCUGUGUGCUACUACUGCAAGAAGCCUGGUCACCUCAAGCGCGACUGCAACAAGCUGAAGAAGGAUCAGGGAAACGAGACGCCACGCCAGUUGAUGAGGGACCUGGCAUUUACCCGUAAACGAGGCUACCUGAAGCAUGCGGCCAAUCUCCUUCUGGACUGUGGAGCAACAACCAUUUACGUGUCGCGUGGCUUCGGCUGGAAAAACAAUUUGAGGACUCACGUGUACGCGGACCGAACCAUCAAGGUUAAGCUUGGUGACAACAAGAUUGGCGAGGCCGUACUGGAGUUGGUGAAGAUUAAAGUCCAGCUUCGAGGU